GCUGAGGGGGGGCGCAGGAGCCGGGCUGCCACCCCCGGGGUUUUCUCCAGGGACCCGACAGUAACAACAGGCCAGGACUGCACGGAGCCCACUGACGACCCUACAAUAACAACAGAGCGGGGGCGCUGACAUGGACCCGCAACUGACGACCCUACAAUAACAACCGGCGCAGCCCCAUGGCCGACCACCCUACAAUAACAACCUGAAGCCACCGCCGUCCCCACGGCGGGGGGGACGGUGACGGUGUUAUGUCCCUCUCGCCGGGUGCCCGGUUCGUCCGCCAGCCCGGUCCAGCUGCCGGUUCCCCCCCCUCUGCCACGGCGGGGGGGAGCCCAGAAAACUAACGUUUGCCCCGGGAGCGAGAUGGAGAGGUGCGAGGGGCUUCACUGGGAGACAGGUUCGGCGGGCAACCCGGUUGAUGGACCCAGCAGAAGCCAAAUGGAAGAAGGGCCAAUUAAUUAUGUCGAAGAAAGGCGGCUGAAUGAGGGCAGUGGGCUCAACCUGGCGAAUGGGGGCCGGCCGCAGGCGGGGGACACUGCGCUGAUGGAGCCCAGCAGCUGGUCGCCGGGCCAGCUGCCUGCUGCUGGUAAAGCCCACUUGGAAGACGUCAGGAACCUGGUGGCCUUUUCAGCGGUGGCCGAAGCCGUCUCCUCCUACCGGCUACCGCCCCCGGGUUCGCCAUCGCUGCUGUACGAGAAGUUCGACUCGGAGAUGAGCCGGGGCGGGCUGAGCGUGGCGGAUGGUGUGCCGCGGGGGGAGGACCUGCACGCCCUGAAGGCUGCCCUGGCUUUGGCCAAGCACGGCGUGAAGCCCCCCAACUGCAACUGUGACGGCCCCGAGUGCCCCGACUACCUGGAAUGGCUGGAGCAGAAGAUCAAGACGGCUCUCGGCGAAGAGCCGGCAUCACCACGGCCCCGUGCUGCUGCCGCCAACCCCCCACCGCCCCCCCAGGAAGGUGCUAUUGACCCCCAGCCGGUGCCUGAGACCGUCGAGCCGUGCCCGCCCGACGGCCUCCCCUUUUCCCAAAGUGCACUGACCAUUGCUAAGGAGAAGAACAUCAGCCUGCAGACCGCCAUAGCCAUCGAAGCCCUGACGCAGCUCUCGGCCGCUCUCCCCCAGCCCGCCGGCAACAGCCAGCCCCCUGCCCCGCCGCCCCCGCCACCCCCCGCCGCCCCCUUCGGCCCUGGCCCCCUCACCCCGCCAGGUGCUGCAUGGCAGCGAGGGGACGAACCCUGUUAUCUGCCGGAGCCAGGAGCAGCACCGGAACCGUUUUUUGGUGCGGCGCCUCCCCAGGGGGGCUUCACAGCAGCGUGGGGGCUGGAGGCCGAGGGGGCGGCGGGGGCUGGAGACCCCAUGGCAGAGCUGGAGCAGCUGCUGGGUAACGCUGACGACUACAUCAAAGCGGCUUUCAAGAGACCCGAAGUGACGACCGGCAAAGCAACCAUGCCUAAAACAGAGCCCCCUGAACGAGCGCCUGGCAAAGAAGCACCGGGCGGCCCCCGUUUGCCGCUGGCACCGCCGGAGCCUGACCUGCACAAGAAGACGCAGCUGGUCCUGCAGCAGCAUCUCCACCACAAGCGCAGCCUCUUCCUUGAGCAAAGCCUGGCAGCGGCGGCCCCCCCGGAUUGGCCGAGCGGCUGGUGGGCUCCUGGUGCCCCGGCCGUGGCCCCCAAGCCCUUUGAAAAGCAGGCCAAAGAGAAGAAGAAGAAAAUGCCACCUGAAAAGCCCCCCCCGGCCAAACCGCUCCGUAAGCAAGUGCAGAUCAAGAAGGCGAAGCAGAAGGACUCGCAGCCCCUCUUCCUGCCCCUCUGGCAGAUCAGCCUGGAGGGGUUUCGGGCACGCGCUGAACCCACCGCCGAAGAGGUGCAAACCGGCCCGCCGCUGCCUGCCUUCCCGCUCCAGCCUCUUGCACUACCCCUGCCCGCCGCUCGCCCCCCGCCGCCGACCCCCCUCGACGGCAGCCCCCCGGCUCCCGACUCUCAGGAAAGGGGUGCCCCCGGGGGGGGCCCCCAAAUUCACCCGGUGCCGGCGGGCUCGACUGGCUCAGAGGAAACAGUGGCCGCCCCCCCACUGGCCGCCCCGGCUCCCAUUGUGGUGGAUGACAAGCUGGAAGAGCUCAUCCGGCAAUUUGAAGCUGAAUUCGGGGAGAAUUUCAACCUGCAGCCCCCCAAGACGCCCUCCCCGCUCACCCCCAGGGCCACCGAGCUGCCGGGGGGGCCGGCGCCAGCCCCACAAGUGCCCCCCGCUGCCGCUGCCCCGGCUUUGAGCAGUGCUCCCCAAGCCGAACCCAAAAGCUUUUCAUUCUCACCGGGGAAGGGGUCACUUUUGGAGCCCCCCUUCACUGCCCGCUCCCCCAAACAGAUCAAAAUCGAAUCUUCUGGUGCUAUCACCGUGGUGUCUACCACGUGCUUUUACUCUGAGGAAAGCCAAAACCCCGAUGUGGAUGAUGCUGACGGGACGCCCACCAAGGACGAGGUGCCGCUGACGCCGACCUUGAGCGGUUUUUUGGAGUCGCCGCUGAAAUACCUGGACACGCCGACCAAAAGCCUCCUGGACACCCCAGCCAAGCGGGCGCAAGCGGAGUUCCCCACCUGCGACUGUGUCGAGCAAAUCGUGGAGAAGGACGAGGGGCCGUAUUACACUCACCUGGGCUCAGGGCCCACCGUGGCAUCCAUCAGGGAGCUCAUGGAGGAGCGGUAUGGUGAGAAGGGCAAGGCCAUCCGCAUCGAGAAGGUCAUCUACACGGGGAAGGAGGGGAAGAGCUCCCGGGGCUGCCCCAUCGCCAAGUGGGUGAUCCGAAGACACAACCAAGAGGAGAAGCUGCUGUGCCUGGUGCGGCACCGGGCUGGCCACCACUGCCAGAAUGCCGUCAUCAUCAUCCUGAUCCUGGCCUGGGAGGGAAUCCCCCGCACGCUGGGCGACACGCUGUACCAGGAGCUCACCGACACCCUCACCAAGUACGGCAACCCCACCAGCCGCCGCUGCGGCUUGAACGACGACCGGACCUGCGCGUGCCAAGGCAAGGACCCCAACACCUGCGGCGCUUCCUUCUCCUUCGGCUGCUCUUGGAGCAUGUAUUUUAAUGGCUGCAAAUACGCCCGGAGCAAAACUCCCCGCAAGUUCAGACUGGUGGGAGACAAUCCCAAAGAGGAAGAGCUGCUCCGGAAAAGCUUUCAGGACUUGGCCACCGAGGUUGCUCCACUUUACAAGAGGCUGGCGCCACAAGCCUACCAAAACCAGGUUACCAACGAGGACGUAGCAAUAGACUGCCGGCUGGGCUUGAAGGAGGGGAGGCCGUUCUCGGGAGUGACAGCGUGCAUGGACUUCUGCGCCCAUGCUCACAAAGAUCAGCAUAACCUCUACAACGGCUGCACGGUGGUCUGCACGCUGACGAAGGAAGACAAUCGCGUGGUGGGGAAGAUCCCUGAAGAUGAGCAGCUGCACGUCCUCCCCCUCUACAAGAUGUCCAGCACGGAUGAGUUCGGCAGUGAGGAGAACCAAAACGCCAAGGUGGGCAGUGGGGCCAUCCAGGUGCUCACGUCCUUCCCCCGGGAGGUCCGCAAGCUGCCCGAGCCUGCCAAGUCUUGCCGGCAGAGGCAGCUGGAAGCAAAGAAAGCUGCCGCGGAGAAGAAGAAGUUGCAGAAAGAGAAGCUGAUGACGCCGGAGAAGAUCAAGCAGGAAGCGCUGGAGCUCCCCGCACUCCAGCAAAACGCAGGUAUGGCGUUGAAAAGCGGGCUGCCCCCGCAGCCGCUGAAACCUUCCAUCAAGGUGGAGCCGCAGAGCCAUUACAACGCCUUCAAGUACAACGGCAACGCGGUGGUGGAGAGCUACUCGGUGCUGGGGAGCUGCCGGCCCUCCGACCCAUACAGCAUGAACAGUGUUUACUCUUACCAUUCCUACUAUGCACAGCCCAAUCUGCCUUCCGUGAACGGGUUUCACUCCAAGUUCACGCUUCCCUCCUUCGGGUAUUACGGCUUUUCCAGCAACCACAUGUUCCCCUCGCAGUUUCUGAAUUACGGGGCGCCCGAGAGGAGCGGGAGCAGCUGGGUGAGCAAUGGCUAUGAGAAGAAGCCUGACGUCCUGGCGUUGCAGGAGAACCUCAGCCAUGCCUACGGGAAUGCUGAUUUCCCCGAGCCCAUCCCACACAGCGUCCAGAGCAAAAACCAUCACCAGCGCACCUACGAGCGGUCUAACCGCUACGCCAGCCAGCAGAAAGCAGCGGUGGCGGCGGCGGCUGGGGCACACAGGACUAGCUCAGGCUCAGAGGAGGUGCCGCUGUUUGCACAGAACUGUUUUGGCAGCCGGCCCAUCAAGCAGGAGCCCCCAGACCCUCCGCCCACCAUCGAGCCCCUUCCCAGUGCGGCGGCCAUGCCUGGCACCGGCUUAGCCCUGCCGUCCGUCCCGGCGCACGGUGGGGGGCCGGAGCAGCGGUGGAGCCCCUUCAAAGCGUCCCGGGGCACGUCUUCCCCCGAGAGGACUAGCACGGUGGAGGGCUCGUGGAGCUCCCUGGUGCCGGGCUCGGGCGGGCGGGAGAAGACGAGCGCCUUCGCUGCUGCUGCGCGCUUGCCGCCGCCGGCGCCGGAGAAGCAGUGGCCCAACGUCGUGGCAGGAGAGGCGGCGGUAGCGCGCAGCUCGGGCUUGCUGCCGAAACCGUGGAGCCCUUGCAAGCUGGGGGAGGCGGCACUGGCCGGCACGGGCACCCCAAGCCUGCUGGGGCCACUGGGUUUUGGCUCGGCCCUACCAGGGCUGCCUGGCUUCCCUGAGGAGCCAUGGGGCUCGGUGAAGGCGGAGGAGCGGAGGACGCAGGUGCCCAGCCCCGGGCUGCCGGAGAAGCCGUGGGAGGCGUCAGUGGGUGAGAAGGGGGCGGUGGGACCCCGCCGGGAAAAGCCGUGGGACCCCUUUGGCCUGGAGGAGGAUCUGCCGGGGAAAGCGAUGAAGGAGGAGGAAGAGGAAGAGGAGGACGAGGAAGAAGAGGAGGAGUGGUCGGACAGCGAGCACAACUUCCUGGACGAGAACAUCGGUGGGGUGGCCGUGGCGCCCGCCCACGGCUCCAUCCUCAUCGAGUGUGCCCGCCGCGAGCUCCAUGCCACCACGCCGCUGAAGAAACCCAACCGCUGCCACCCCACCCGCAUCUCCCUGGUCUUCUACCAACACAAGAACUUGAACCAGCCCAACCACGGCCUGGCGCUGUGGGAGGCCAAGAUGAAGCAGUUGGCGGAGCGGGCUCGGGCCCGGCAAGAGGAGGCGGCACGCCUGGGUCUCCCGCCGGACGCCAAAGCCUUCGCCAAGAAACGCAAGUGGGGCGGUGCGUUGGCGAGCGAGGCGCCCAGCAAGGAGAGGAGGGACUCGGUCCCCACGCGGCAGGCGGUGGCCAUCCCCACCAACUCCGCCAUCACUGUGUCCUCCUACGCCUACACCAAGGUGACGGGCCCCUACAGCCGCUGGAUCUGAGACACAGGCAACCGCCACGGCCCCAUCUUACCUCAACCCUCGGCAGCGCCGGAGCCCGGCGUUGCUUCGUGGUGCUUUCUCCUUGGGCGCGGGGGAGAAGAAAAAAAAAAAAAAGACAAAAACGAAGCAAAACACAACAAUAACAACAACAACAACAAAAAAACCCAACCCACAGAAAGCGAACCGAACAUGCGCGCUCAGAAACAGCAGAGCAGGUGCGGGCGCACGCCGUCGGAGAGCUGCGCUUGGUGAGGAGUUGGCAAACAAAGCAAAACUAGGUAAAAAGAAAAAAGGAAAAAAAAAAAAGGAGGAACGAUGCUGUUUGACGCUUUUUGGUAAUCUCAUAUUUAUAUCUCCGCGGUUUUUUUUAAUCUAGCCUUGUGCGCCGCGCGAACGGACGGAGAAGUUUAUAGCGUCCUUUCACAAAGGAGAGGUUUUUAAUUCCACUUAAAAAUGCCUAUUUAUUGGAUUUUAUUUUAUUUUUUACUCCGAUGACAACGACGAAGCCGAUCUUCGAAAUAGAAGCCAAGAUCGAAAAGAAACCCCAAAUCCACCCCUAAACACAAAUAACAAAACCAACCCAAACACCAAACCAGCGUAAAGGGCAGAGGAGAAUCCCUCCAGCUCCGGCGCGAGGGGGCUGGUGGGAUCGUGUGCUUUACCGUCGGCCAGACGUGCUGAACAUCUGAUUAUUUUUUUUCCAAGGACCUGAAAAAAUACCUGUUUUGCAACUCGAGGAGUCCUUUCUUACAGCGAUGGGAGACCCGCUCGCGAGCGGGACGGCGCUUCUUCGCUUGGCUCCUCGCCGACCGGUGGGAUCGGCUCCGCCGGCACGGAGCAAGCCGGCGUCUUUCCCGACGCCGGAGACCUCAGGACAUGUCCGGGCUGAGGACUGCCGCUGCCGGGGUGCCGUGCUCGGCCUCGGACUUGGGGGCUCCUUUGCCGGCGACCCCGGGGAGAGUGACGACGGUGGUGGCAGUGUCUCUAAAGGAGCUGACAGGACAAAAACAUUAAAGAAAAAAGAAAUAGUACAAAACCAGGAAAAAAACCAACAAACCACAAACCAACCCCAAACUGUGAAUAGCUGGUGUUGCUCUCUGUACAUCACUGUUGCUAAAGUCUGGUGCUUUCUGUCUCCGGGGGACUUUCUCCGUGCGAUCGGCUCUGGGAAGAGCGAAUCCCAAGACUUGGCUGGCCAAAACCCUGCUGGUCCGCCUUCCCCGCCAGCGCCGGCGAGCUGGUGUGGCGGCGAGCACCGCCGGGGCUCGGUGCUUUUUCUCUCCCCGGGUGCCAUCUCUCCUUCCUACAGAUCGCCGUUCUUCCCGCAAAAAAAAAAAAACCCAACCACAAAACCCCCCCAAAACCCAACAAAUAACCCAGCGACAACAACAACUGCGUGGUGCUUUUCGAACAAUCUCAGUCGAGACUUUCUGCCCGGCGCCGAUGCCAAAGCUGCGCCGGGACGGGGCGGACAGGCGGGCGGGUGAUCUCCCCCGUGGCUCGUGGCCGGAUCCGGGUGCUGGCGUCCCCGGGAUCGUCACUUCUGCACUUUGAGGUGCCUUUCGGCGAGCCAGCGAGCCAGAGCCGACGCCGUCACCGUGCAGAAAUCACCUUGUGUUUACUGUCACCCUCCUUCCCUGCGCACUGGUACAGAUCAGCAAGAUCUCGGUAAAACAGCCUGAACAUUUAUGUGCUCUGAUUUUAAAACCUGUAAAUAGGGAAAGAAUUUUUUUAAAAGCACUUUCACCUAGAUUUAAAAACGAAAGCGAAUCUUAAAAAAAAACAACUCCCCUCUUUCCUUCCCCCCCAACAACUUGAAAGCAGUAUGUUUUAAACAAGAUUAUUGUGGGAGAACUGUAAAUACUGGCAGAAUAUUUAACAUGCUUUGUCCGUCCUUCAUAAUUAAUUUUUUUUUUUUUUAAAUUUUAAACCGUAAUCUGUAAAGUUGCGUAUAUUUGACAAGGAAACUCAACGAGCUAUUACCGCUUUUCUUAGAAAUACCCAAUAGCAUAUCAGGAUCGUAAGAGUCGAUGGCAAGUCAGAUUUUAGGGAUGCCUGUGGGCGAUGCUGGUUCCAGUGCGGGGACUUGGCGUGUCGGUGUGAUUUGGAGGGCGAAAAAAGGGACCCGGCUGAUCCCCGCCAGCGGCAUUCGGCGGGGCCGGAUUCGGGUGCCGGCCCCGGUUCGCAUCGCGCCGGGGUCUCGGUCUGACUGUCGUGGCGGGGGGGUGUGCCUUGCGAGCUUCGCCUGGAGGGGCUGAGAGUUGGGAGAAGGGGGUGCGCUCGGAGAAGGCGAGGGUCCGUGUAACCUGUCUAAGUCCUGCUUCCUCGGAGGGUUUUAUUUUUUUUUUUUUUUUUGGUGCAGGGAGGGGGUUCGGUCCAGUGCGGCGUUGGCUCCGGCGGGUUCGACCCGGGGAAGUGGGGAGAUGCCGGCGCCGCGGGUUGGGGAGCGAGAACUGCUGCAGUCUCAUGUUUUUACACUACAUAACGUCUAACCUACCUCAGAUCUCAGUCAUUAAAAAUUAGCACGCUUCAGACUUCUUCUACGAAAACUAGAAAUCUAUGCACAGCUCUUUACCCCUUGCUGCUGAGAGGCUGUUUUUCAAGCAAAAUCUUUUCCUUCACCCGUCCUGGCGGCCGCACUUGUCCCACCCGCGCCGAAGCCAGGGAGGUCGCGGCAUUAAGGGGGGGUGGGGGGGUGGGGGGGGAUGUUUUUAAUCGCCUCGGGGUGGGACGGGGACCUAAUUUGGCAGCACGUCGCGGCCACAAUGGUGCUAGAACAACGCCCGCGGUAGAAACCCGGCGGAGAGCUCAGCGCAGGGAGCCCCGAUGGGCUCCUGCCACCCCGCUUUGGUUUUCUGGCCGCGAUGCUUCGCCUCGGGGUGGGGAACGGGGGACACAUUGCGGGGUCCCCCUCCCCUGCCCAUCCCGAUGCUCUUGGGACGAGGCAUGGGAAGGAGAAGGAAACCAGAAUCCCUGAGGUGCCUCAAUUGCUGAUUUUUUUUCCUUUUAAUACUGGAGUAUGCUUUGUGGGCUCUAUAAGGCAUAUUUUUAUUAAAUGAAAUCUUCUAAUAAAAACGGUGCUAUGGUGUUUUAACAAACUGUAUCACGCUUCUGCCUGAUUCCAUCUUGCUGAGGUGCUACUAAUGUAUAUACGAAACUAGGGAACCAAGAAAAAAAACAAACAAAAAAACCACAAAACGAAAAAGCAAUGUCGUUGAGAAGGAAGUUUACUUUUCCGGAGCGACAGCUUGAAGCGUGUCGGGAGCUGGUUGGGUUUAUGCAAACUGAAAUUGGUGCCGCGUCGGAGACGUCCCACCGAGCGGGCUCGCAGUGGAGCUGUUCCCCUCUGGUGCGGGGCCGGGGUGCCGGCAGGAGAGCCGGGUGCGGGUGUCGGAUGAGGUGCUUUGCAGCGCUGCUCGGGCACGGUGCUCAGCCACACGUCGUGGAUGUGGUGCUCGAAUGUGGUGCGUGGACGCAGUGCUCGGUCAGCGUGUGCGAACAUGGUGCUCGGCCAUGGUGCUCAACUGCGGUGCUUGGACACGGUGCGUGGACGUGGUGCUCGGGCACGGUGCUCGGCCACGCAUCAUGGACGUGGUGCUCAGCUGUGGCCAGGGUGUGUGAACAUGGUACUCAACCGUGGUGCUUGGACAUGCUGCGUGGGCAUGGUGCUCGGCCACGCAUCGUGGACGUGGUGCUCGGGCACGGUGUGUGAACAUGGUGCUUUGCCACGGUGCUUGGACGUCGUGCUCAGGCACAGUGCUCUGCUGUGGUGCUUGGUCACGGUGCAUGGACAUAGUACUUGGGCACGGUGCUUGGCCAUGCACCGUGGACAUGGUGCUCGGGCACGGUGCUCGACCGCGGUGCUUGACAUGGUGCUCAGCCGUGGUGCUCGGGCAUGGUGCUGGGCCACACCAUGGACAUGGUGCUCAGCCGUGGUGCUCGGACACGGUGUGUGGACAUGGUGCUCAGCCAGGGUGCGUGAACGUGGUGCUUGGCCGUGGUGCUCGGACACAGUGUGUGGACAUGGUGCUCAGCCGCGAUGCGUGAACGUGGUGCUUGGCCGUGGUGCUCAGACACGGUGUGUGGACAUGGUGCUCAGCCAGGGCGUGUGAACGUGGUGCUCGGACACGGUGCUUGGACAUGGUGCUGGGGCAGGAUGCUCAGCCCAGUGCAUGGGUGUGUUGUGCAUGCACGGUGCACAUGCACGGUGCGAGGGCAGGGUAUGUGGGUACGGUGCUCAGGCACUGUGCACGGCCGUGGUGCUCUGGCACCGUGCAUGACCAUGGUGCUCGGGCAUGGUGCACAGCCACGGCGCUUGGGAACGGUGCACAGCCGUGGCGCACAGCCAUGGUGCUUGGGGAUGGUGCACAGACACGGUGCUUGAACAGGGCGCAUGGGCAUGGAGAGGGUGCUUGUGCACGGUGCACGGACGUGGUGCUUGGACACGGUGCUCGGGCAUGCUCCACAGAUAUGGUGCUCGGGUACGGUGCUCGCCCACCACGCACGGAUGCGGUGCUCGGCCGUGGUGCUUCACCCGCACAGCACCCCUCACCCCCACGGUGCACAGCCCCCCUGCAUGAGCCCGGUGCUCUCCACACGCCUCCGCCACAGUGCCGCCCUCCCGGCACCGUACUGUGGUGCCCGUGCCCUGUGCCCACCGGCGCUCAGCACCGUGCUCGGCAUCGCGCUCCCCCCAGCUCCCUCCCCAAAUCACCGCUGUCCCCGCCCUGUGGCGAGGGCUCAGCCGGGCAUCUGCCCGUCUCUUUCUUCCCCCCCUUUUUUUUUCUUUUUUCCAUUUUUUUGGGGUUUUAUGGUGCUACUUUCUUCCCUUCGGCUCCCUGUCAGCGCCGGGGCAGCAGCUCCUCCGCGCCCCCCAAACCAAGGCAAAUACCUCAAACCCCCCCAAACCCCCCCACGGCGCCGCAGCAGCGAAGGCGAGCGAAACUGGGGCGAAUCUUUCCGAAAUCAGGGAUCCUUUCGCAGCGGUGUUUCUUCCUUAACUUCCUUUUACUUCCCCCCCCUCCUUUAUCCCUUUCCGCCCGGGUUUUUCCUCAUUUUUCCGCAUCCUUCAGGGAUUACAAACCACCGUAAUUUCAGCCUCAAGUUUUAUUCCAGGAGCAAUUUUUUUUUUUUUUUUUUUGCCGGUGGGUUUUUACACCACGGUGAAAAAAAAAAAAAAAACCCACAAAACAAAACCAUGCUAAUAAUUCAAAAAUUUAAAAUAAAGCGCCGAUUCUUCUCGGAUUUGGGAAUUUGGAGGCGGGGGGGGUAUUUUUGGCGUUUUUGUUGGGGUUUUUUUUUAAUUAUUUUUGGGAUAAUUGAGGAGGGGAGGUGGGAUGGUGGCAGGCGGAGGAGGGGCACCGCAGGGGUGUCCCGGCGGCUCCGAAAAAUUCUCACUUGAAGAUUUCUUGGUCGGCUCGGGACUGUGGUUACUUGAAAUGAAGUUUUUUUCCGGGGCGGAUCGAGGACCGGUAGAUUUUUUUCCCAUGUCUCAAGGCAAUAGGAUUAAUGUGUAUUAAACUGUAGAUACUUCUAGGACAGUAAAUUUAUGCUGAUAAUUUUAUUUUGUAUAAUUUUCCCUUUUUCUUUUUUCCCCUCUUUGUGGUUUUUUCCCACCCCCGCCCUUAACACCCUUUUCUUUUUCCUUUCCCCCCCCCCCCCAGUGUUUUGGUAAAUUUAUUUUUUAGGAUGCCUAAAAAUUACAAGUUUGGAUCCUCCCCCUUCCUUCCCCCCUUUUUUUUUUGUUUGUUUGUUUUGUUUUGUUGUUUUUUUUUUUUUAAUUUGUAUUUUAUUCUAAGUUACGCGCGGCUGGCUGGGCCGCGAAAUGUAUUAUUCCUGAUAUCUUUAAAAUAUUGUGGGUGUUUUAAUAAAUUUUAUAUUUAUUUUUUGCACUCAA